UGACGAGACGCUGAGAGGAGUUGCAACCUUUCAAGUAUCUAGAAGAAAGUAUUCCAUCUAUCUUGCUGUGUCUAUGUCUCAAGAUGAUGAGCUUUGUCCUCCUGAGGAGCUGAAGCACUGGAGCUUGCCUGGCCCUGAACAUGAGUUCUCCAGAGGACAGUUCUUCCUCUUCCACACAGAAGACCUCGGUUUGGGGCGACCAGCAAACAGCCACUCCACAGCUGGGAGUUAGCCUUCCGUCUCCCACACACUGCUUUGGGGAUGGAGAAAGAACCAGCUCUGCUAACCCAGCUGAAACACCCAUUUCAACCAACCCUGCAACCCCAUCUGAAACACCAGUUUCAACCAACCCUUCUAGCCCAUCUCAAACACCUGUUUCACCCCAAAUAAAGAGGACAGCAGAGAAAGGAACCUUUGAUGCAUCACAGCCACAGGGUGAACGUCGCAAGAGGGGGAGGCCACGCAAACACAAGAAACUCCAGACUGACACAGAACACCAUAUCCAUCAGGCCCAGUCCCCGACAGCUACACAUCCAUGUUUACAGCCAGAGGACCAAACAGAGGCUGUGACACUGACACCCGUCUUACCUGUGAUACCAGAGGACAGGUGUCAGUCACCUGAUGCCCAAACAAAGGUUGAGACACAGCUCCAGUCACCCAGCUCACCUGUGCCUGAGGAUAAGUGCCAGUCACCUGAGGCCACCUUUGAACCACCGUGCCCCACCUUGGAUUUACAGAGCGCCAAUAAGGGACAGAGUAAGAAGUGGCCCCAUCUCUCCAGUGCUUCUGUUGGACAAGGAGACCUAACAGGCCCUAAUGUUCUAACCACUGGUGGAUACACAUACUCACAGGCCAGGGUGAUGGGGGCUGAACCCAGCCAGAAUGACAGUAUCACUGCCACUGGGAUAUUUUUAAGCAAAUGUGCCAACGAGCAAAGGACUCUGUGCCAGUCACCACAGAAUCUGAAAGAUGGGAGAAAGGCGGCUAAAAAAUCACAAAUUCAUAAGGUCGACCAGCCACAGGAGAGUGAGGCUGUGACAAAUGGGGGAAAAACAUCUAAACCCUUACUGACUAUUAAGGUAGGACAGGAGAAUUGCCUGACACAAAAGACUGGGCGAAAAAGGAAAUAUACCAAAAAAUCACAGAGCCAUAAGGUAGACCAGCCAAGUGACACUGACCAGUCACAGGAGAGUGAGACAGUGAGAAAUGGGAAAAAGACAUCUAUAAAAUCACCAACCCAUAAGAUAGACUGGUCACAGGAGACGGUGAGAAAGAGGACAUAUACAAAAAAAUCUCAGACCCCUAAGGUUGACCAGUCACAGGAGGAGUCUGUAAAGAAAGAGGGCUCUAAAAUAUCUCCAACCCAUAAGGGAGAGCAGUCACAAGAGAUGGUAAUAAAGAGGAAAUAUACAAAAAAAUCUCAGACCCCUAAGGUUGACCAGUCACAGGAGGAGUCUGUAAAGAAAGAGGGCUCUAAAAUAUCUCCAACCCAUAAGGGAGAGCAGUCACAAGAGAUGGUAAUAAAGAGGAAAUAUACAAAAAAAUCUCAGACCCCUAAGGUUGACCAGUCACAGGAGGAGUCUGUAAAGAAAGAGGGCUCUAAAAUAUCUCCAACCCAUAAGGGAGAGCAGUCACAAGAGAUGGUAAUAAAGAGGAAAUAUACAAAAAAAUCUCAGACCCCUAAGGUUGACCAAUCACAGGAGGAGUCUGUAAAGAAAAAGGGCUCUAAAAUAUCUCCAACCCAUAAGGGAGAGCAGUCACAAGAGAUGGUAAUAAAGAGGAAAUAUACAAAAAAAACACAGAGCCAUAAGGGAGACAAGCCACAGGAGACUGUGAGAAAUGGGAAAAAGACAACUAUGAAAUCACCAACCCACCAGGUAGACCAGUCACAAGAGUUUGUAACAAAAAGGAAAAAGGUGUCUAAAAUAUCUUCAACCCACAAGGUAGACCACUCACAAGAAACUGUGAAAAAGAGGAAAUAUACAAAAAAAUCACAGACCCAGGAGACUGACCAGUCACAGGAGGAGACUGGAAAAAAUGCAUCUAUGAAAUCACUGACGAAUAAGGUAAACAAGGUGGCAUCAAAAAAAUCACAAAGCCAUACGGUAGAACAGUCACUGGGGAUUGACCAAUCACAAGAGACCGUGAGAAAGAGGAACUACACAAAGAAAUCACAGAGGCAUAAGGAGGACUCGCAUGAGACUGUGAGAAAUGGGGAAAAGACAUCCAAAAAAUCACAGAAGCAUAAGGUAGAGUUACGAGACACGGAACAGUCACAGGAGGAGACUGUAAAAAAUAGGAAAUACACUAAGAAAUCAAAGACCCACAAGGUAGACUCAGGAGUCCUCUCCUUACUCCCUGUGUUAUCUGCAGACCUCUCCCUCAACCUUUCCUCUCCCACAUGCAGCCCUCCUGGGCUUACAAAGAGAAAAUAUACAAAAAAAUCACAGACCCUCAAGGUAGACUCAGAUGUCCUCUCCUUACUCCCUGUGUUAUCUGCAGACCUCUCCCUCAACCUUUCCUCUCCCACAUGCAGCCCUCCUGCGCUUCCAAAGAGAAAAUAUACAAAAAAAUUAAAGACCCUCAAGGUAGACUCCGAUGUCCCAUCCUCACUCAUUGUACUGUCUGCAGACCUCUCCUCCAGCCUUCAGAGUAGCCUCUCUCCUACUCUCAGCCCUUCUGGCAUCCCCUUCUCACCAAACACACCUAAGAGAGUCAGAGGCAGACCUCGGCGGGUACAGCAGCAGCUCUUUCUUAGCUCCACGCCAGGCCCUCACCCCGGAUCCUCCACAGGAACAGACAACCCCUUCUCUGCCUCCCUGUCUCACCUGGGACUGGGCUCCAAGACAGAGGGCCCUCAGAACGCCUCACCCAUCACCCCCUGGAAGCUGUUGGAACCAAGCCCUCUGGAGAAGACACACUUAGCUUUACCCGGUAGUAAACCUCGGGGUAGACCCAGAGUUAGGCCAAGGAAGAACUCGGCUACAGUGAAGGGAGUGAAGAAGAAGGUGAAGCCUGCAGCAGAGGGAAGGUCCCAGACCUUCAGCUCUGAGGAAGGCCCCCCAGCCAAACUCAGACGUAGAAGCAGGAGGGGCCAGACAGCAGAGGGAGCUGGCCUGCAGAGCGGUGACACGACCAGCACUGAGCCACUCCAACGUUGCAGACCAAGGUUUGAGCUGCAGGAGUCAGACUCACCAGACGAAGACACAGGAGAUGCCUCCCUGUCCUCAGACCUCUCCAUCGAGUUAAGCGUACAUGAAGACCGUGUGACAUCACUGACUCUUGAAGAGGAGGAAGAGCAAGACGACGAGGAAGAUCUGCCCAGUUUCUUAAAUAACACAAAGCCACUGUCCAUAACAGAAGGAAUAUGUGUUUGGUGCAAAUUUAGAAACUAUCCUUUCUGGCCGGCAAUGGUGAAGAGUGUGAACCGUAAGCUGAAGAAAGCCAGCAUUGUGUUUAUUGACGACCUGCUGUUUGACAAAAAGAGGAUACGAAAAGGCUUUUCUGUGUCCCUAAAAACAUUGAAGCCUUUUGACUGUGAAGAGGCUGAUCAGCUAGUGUGUAAAGCCAGAGAGAAGUAUGAUGCUGCCAUCAAAUGGUGUCUGGCGUUGAUAGCCGACUAUAGAAUCCGUAUCGGUAAACUAUUCUGCACUUCUCUUAGAAUGAGCACCUUGACCCAGAUUAUACUCGGUGUUAUAUUCCCCAUGACUGUCGUUAAUGUUUGUGUUGUCUUUUCAGGAUGCGGCUUCACCGGUUCCUUCAUUGAAUACUUUUCUGAUGACAUAAGCUGCCCAGUGAGAAGGUGCUACCCCCAGGGCACCUCAGACCUGACCUUCCCCAGUAAGCUAAUUCUGGAGGAGCAGUACGUAACCUCUGACCCGGAAGGGGACGAUCAGGAGGGCAGCAAACGGCAGGAGGAGGAGAGGAGGAGGAAGCUGCUGCCUGACCGUUCCAAGGCUGCACGUAACCGUGCCAACGAGAAACUGGUGGACUUCGUCGUCAGGCAGCGCCGGGUGGAGACACGCCUUUUAGGCGUAAUCAGUGGUCAGCAGCAGUCUAAGUGGCUGCGUUGGUUCCUGGCGGCCAGUCGGUCAGUUGUGGACACGUACCUGGAGGACGAGGAGCAGCUGGACCAGGUGUACCAGUACCUGAGAGGGGUGUACGAGACCGCCCCCCUCACCGCACCCUGUCUGGCCGAUGUAGACCGCAUCCGCUUGGUACUGGACGUGCUGUUACCAGAGGCUAUUAUCUAUGCCAUAGCUGGAGUGGACGAGUUGUCUCUGGUGAAGGCAGAAGACAAAUACCUGAAAGGGCCCUGUCUGAGUAAAAGGGAAAGAGAGGAGUUCGAUGCGAUGAUCGAGCAGCAGAUGAAGAUGAAAGCGUCGAUCCGUCAGCGUCCUGCACACUGAACAUAACACAGCCUGCUUGGCUUCCAACCCUCAGACUAAGAGGGCCAUAGGGCUCUGGUCAAAAGUAGUUUGAAUAGUGCCAUUUGGGAUGCGGCCUCAGAAUGCCAGUGUCCUAAUCAAACGAUGCUUCUAAGCAUUAUAGGACAGUAAAUAAGUAAGUAGCCUUGUCCAAGCAAGAACAGCCAGUAAGGUAGAAGCCUUUUUCUGUACCGUGAAGCAGCUUGAUAUACAAGUACACCCUCUGGCCAGGACGCUGGUCUAUCGCAGACAAUAAGAACCAUAUAUAACUGUCUCUAAAUGUGGCUCUGAGGACAAUCAACUGCUGUUGUACAUGCUAGCAGUGGUGUGACUUAACAAAACUACAUUGAAUUACCAAGUUAAUCAAAUCAUUGUCAAAUCAACUGAAAUCAUCUGUGAUCGGACUGGUCAAGAUUUACAGCUUCAACACGGAACUCCUGGGAGGGUGGGAGCUCGUAUCAUUCAGACAGACUUACGCCGCUGGUUGAAACUGGGACUUCAUUUUAGACCCACUGCAACAGUAUUUGAUCCAACAUGGUCGCCCGUCUAGGCUGUUCAACUGUAAAUUCAGGACAUUAAAGAAGACACUGCUCUAUUUUUCUAUGGAAAAGUCUGCUCUUUUUAAAAAUAAAUAGUCAUAUUUGAA